CUCAAGCUUCUACCGGAAGAAGUUGAAUCCCCUUUAGUAUUCGCGUUGCCGGAUAAGAGUCGUCUCUCUCUUGUUGAUUUUUCUUUCUACCUUCCUAUUGAGUUGCUGGGCAUCGAUAAAUGCAUCAACGUUAUUUUGGCUGUUCUGCUUGAACAGAAGGUGCUGCUUAAAUCAAGGGACUACAACGCUCUCACAAUGUGCGUAUUAGCACUCACUAAAAUGCUCUACCCGCUUCAAUACAUGUUUCCGGUCAUCCCGUUCUUACCAACUUCCCUCCCCAACGCUGAACAGAUUCUUCUUUCGCCAACACCUUUCCUUAUCGGCAUACCCUCAAGUUUCUUGCAGGAAAAAGGCCAAAAAAUCUCACUGUCAGAGAUUCUGCUUGUGGAUCUUGACUCCGGUCAGCUGAUUUACGGCGAAGCUCUUGCUCAGCUCCCUGACUUCCCUGCUCAGGAGAAGGACAACCUGCGCGAUCACUUUCUACGCGCCUUGGAACUGAUGAAGAAAGGAUCAUCAAUGGCUCCGGACGCCAUCGUUGACGCGCUAAUGUGCCCAAAGCGGUCCACAAAAGAUUCUGCGCUCACUGAUUCAAGCUUAGCAGAUGACCAACCACCCGUAGACGUCGAUGUUAUUGAUGUGGCGUCUCGAGUAGCCAUGGUCCGUUUUUUCAACUCACCGAGUAUCCUUGGUGAUUUCACUGAACACACUCGAACAUUGCGCCUGUUUCCACGUCCAGUCGUCACUUUCAAGUAUGUCUCCUUCAUGCGGUCCCGCCCGGUCAUGUACCCUUUCACGCAGAAGUUGGCCAAAACGCAGGUUCGAUUUUCCACUCUACUUUACUGUUGCGAAAUUGCAUGCCUACAUGCUGUGCCACAUAAAUACAUGAAGCGUAGGCUCCUCACCUUUGAGGUGUAA